CGUACGAAUCUAGCCCGGGAACUAAGAGUCGGAGGAGCGGAUUCUUUGUGGUCAUCAGCUGUGAACUUACCCGCCCGAGACGUCGUCGGGACUGGCAAGAUGUGUACCCUAGGAUUGUUCCCUCCGCCGCCGCCUAGGGGUCAAGUCACCCUAUAUGAGCACAAUAACGAGCUGGUGACAGGCAGUGGCUAUGAGAGCCCGCCUCCCGACUUCCGGGGCCAGUGGAUCAAUCUUCCUGUCUUACACCUGGCUAAGGAUCCCCUGAAGACUCCUGGGAGGCUGGACCAUGGUACAAGAACUGCCUUCAUCCAUCACCGGGAGCAAGUGUGGAAGAGGUGCAUCAACAUUUGGCGUGAUAUGGGCCUUUUUGGUGUGCUGAAUGAAAUUGCAAACUCAGAAGAAGAGGUGUUUGAGUGGGUGAAGACAGCAUCCAGCUGGGCCCUGGCGCUUUGUCGAUGGGCCUCCUCCCUCCAUGGAUCCCUCUUCCCCCACCUAUCUCUCCGAAGUGAAGAUCUGAUUGCUGAAUUUGCUCAAGUCACAAACUGGUCCAGCUGCUGCUUGCGGGUCUUUGCCUGGCACCCUCACACCAACAAGUUUGCGGUCGCCCUGCUGGAUGAUUCCAUCCGAGUGUAUAAUGCCAACAGCACUAUAGUACCAUCACUGAAGCACCGGCUGCAGCGAAAUGUGGCAGCUCUGGCCUGGAAGCCUCUCAGUGCCUCCGUGUUGGCUGUGGCCUGCCAGAGCUGCAUUCUUAUCUGGACCCUGGACCCUACCUCCUUGUCUACCCGAAAGGUAUGGGAUAUCUCAACAGAGAUCUGUGUCCCCCUUCCGUGGUUUCGAGGAGGUGGGGUUACCAACCUGCUCUGGUCCCCAGAUGGCAGCAAAGUCUUGGCCACCACUCCUUCAGCUGUCUUCCGAGUCUGGGAGGCCCAGAUGUGGACCUGUGAGAGAUGGCCAACUCUCUCAGGGCGCUGUCAGACUGGCUGCUGGAGCCCAGAUGGGAACCGACUGCUGUUCACUGUAUUGGGGGAGCCACUGAUUUACUCUUUGUCAUUCCCAGAACGAUGUGGUGAGGGGAAGGGGCGUGUUGGAGGCGCGAAGUCUGCAACAAUUGUGGCAGAUCUUUCUGAGACAAUAAUACAGACACCAGAUUGUGAGGAAAGGCUUGGGGGAGAGGCCCACUCCAUGGUCUGGGACCCCAGUGGGGAGCGUCUGGCUGUGCUCAUGAAAGGAAACCCACAGGUCCAGGAUGGGAAAUCAGUCAUUCUCCUUUUUCGUACUAGAAACAGCCCUGUGUUUGAGCUACUUCCCUGUGGUAUUAUCCAGGGGGAGCCAGGAGCCCAGGCCCAGCUCAUCUCUUUCCAUCCUUCCUUCAACAAAGGGGCCUUGCUCAGUGUGUGCUGGUCUACAGGCCGAAUUGCUCACAUCCCUCUGUACUUCGUCAAUGCCCAGUUUCCACGUUUUAGCCCAGUACUUGGCCGGGCCAAAGAGCCCCCAGCUGGAGGUGUAGGCUGCAUGCCUGACCUGCCACUCUUUACUGAGACAUCCUCUGCCCCUUGGGAUCCUCUCCCAGGACGAUCGCCUGCUCAGCCCCACUCCCCUCACAUCUAAUAAUUAAAAAACUGUUU